AUGCAAUGGUUUCGGGAUAGUGACAGAAAUACCAAGUAUUUUCAUGCUCAAGUGAGGGGAAAGAGGAAAAGACCACUACUAUCCAGAAUCUUAGAUAACAAUGGGAAUUGGCUUGAUUCUCAAAAAGAUAUGGCAAGGGAGGCAGUAGAAUUCUUCCAAGCUCAAUUCAUUGAAGAUAGGGUUCCUACCAACUUUGACAUCAUUCAGUACGUCCCUAAGUUGGUGUCUAUUGAACAUAAUGAAUUAUUGUGGCAAGAACCAACCAUGGAGGAGGUGAAGGCAACAGUAUUUGGGCUAAAUGGAGACAGUGCCAGUGGUCCAGAUGGAUUCACUGGACAUUUUUAUCAGGCAAGUUGGGAUAUUAUUGGGGAAGAUUUGCUUCAUAUGGAUGGAUUUGUUAAGGGCAGGAGUAUAGUGGAAAAUAUUUUACUUACACAAGAGAUCACAACUGAUAUAAGGAUGAGAGGGAAGCCAGCCAAUGUGGUGAUCAAAUUAGACAUGGCAAAGGCUUAUAAUAGAGUGUCAUGGUUGUUCUUGACAAAGGUGUUGAGGCAGAUGGGGUUUGGACAAUGGAUUCUUCAAAUCUACAAGGGUGUCAAGCAAGGAGAUCCUUUAUCUCCUACUUUAUUCAUUCUGGCAGCAGAGGUUCUUGGGAGAGCAUUGGAUGCAUUAUUAAAUAAUCCAGAUUUCAUAGGCUUUGGCAUGCCAAAGUGGAUCCAUAACAUCAACUACUUAUCCUAUGCAGAAUCAUAUUCUAUUCUUCUCACUAUGGAGCAGUCCAACUUGUCAUGA